CCCAGAGCUUCCUAGUAUUUCAUUUCGCGAGCUAGCUGUGUCUUCCUGAGUCAGUGAUUCUGGCCUGUAUUCUCACAAAGCUUUUCUACAUUUCCUUUAAAAAUGAAGGAAGGGGAAAUGCAGGACGGUGCUGUGAAUGAAAGCGAAGGGCAGGUUAAAGCUGAUACCGAGAACACAGAGGCCGACUGGAAGGCUGCCGCGGAGAAAUUUGAGAGCCUGGCUUCCACAAAGAAGCUCCGGACCCCAAAGUCUCAGUACGCCAUCACUAUCGCUGUGUCUUCUCGCUGCCUCUUUAACAUGGUAGAGGAAAGAAAAAUCUACCAGGAGCAUGGGCUGGAGAAAUACGUUAAAUAUCAGCAGGAACAUGAAGAGGAACCAUUGCAGAAGGGACCUGCUUUCCCCUUAAUCAAGGCACUGGAAAAAGUUAAUUUACAACUUCGUGACCUGUACCCUGACAGUGAUGAAAUAUUUGAUGUAGUUCUGAUGACCGACAACCAUGCACAAGUAGGAGUACGGCUGAUAAAUAGUAUCAAUCACUAUGGUCUGGCAAUUGAAAGAUUCUGUAUGACAGGUGGGAAAAGCCCAAUUGGGUACCUGAAAGCCUAUCUUACCAACCUGUACCUAUCAGCAAAUCCCGAGAAAGUGGGUGAGGCAAUUGAAGCAGGAAUUGCAGCUGCCACCAUGUUUCAGACGACGAAAGAACUAAACCUUUCAGAUAAACAGCUGAGGGUUGCAUUUGAUGGCGAUGCUGUUCUCUUCUCUGACGAGUCAGAGAAAAUUGUAAAGCUUCAUGGAUUAGAUACCUUUUUUGAACAUGAGAAGAAAUAUGAAAACAAUCCUCUUGCAAAAGGUCCCCUCAAGGGAUUUUUGGAAGUACUAGGAAAGCUGCAGAAGAAGUUUCAUGCUAAAGAUCUGCGCUGUACCUGCCCAAUCAGGACCUAUCUUGUCACAGCAAGAAGUGCUGCGAGUUCUGGAGCAAGAGCUUUGAAGACGCUUCGGAGUUGGGGGCUAGAAGUUGAUGAAGCCCUCUUUCUAGCCGGGGCACCAAAAGGACCGAUGUUAGAAAAAAUUCGCCCUCAUAUUUUCUUUGAUGAUCAAAUGUUCCAUGUGAAAGGAGCGCAGGAGAUGGGAACCAUUGCAGCACAUGUGCCAUAUGGCAUUGGACAGAAGUACAAUAAGAGCACUUCCAUAACUGAAAAUGCUGAUAAAAGUUAAAUAAAUAGUAAACCAUAUUCAGAUGAAAAACCAAGUCAGACUGUUUACUCUAGCUACUGCUGAAAUAUACUAAAAUCAAAAGUGUUAGUGGAAUGAGAAAACUGCAGUUUAAUGGAGGGGCCUUUUCUACAUAGGAUUUGCUUACUUUUUUCUUCCAGAAUUUAUUACAAUGCAUUUCAAUACUUUUAAGCUUGAGGGCUAAAGAGGAUGAAGUAAUCAGCUUAUAUUUUCAUACCAUUUUUUAAUUCUGACCACAAUAGCCUUGGAACAAUUUUGGUAAUGUAAGAGGCACAUUAGACUUGAUUGUCUCUUCAAAGCUGCAGUACUUUAUGUGAGGGUAUCAUUACUUUAAAAAUUGCUUAAUAGAUACUCUACGAUAAAAGAUGCCUGAGUGGUAUAGUUUGUUGGGUGUUAACAAUAAUUAAAAUGGUAGACAUUUCUCUUGGCAUAUUAUGUAAUAGAAGUUGUUUGCUUGGACUAGAAAUUAAUUACCUCCAGAUGCAUUUAAAAUUAUCCAAGGAAUCCCUUGAAAUUAGAACCUCAAAGCAAAAUGAGAUCAUUUCAUUUUGUGCUAGCUCUCAGAGAGACCAUCCUAAUGGUCUCUUAUUUUGCAAAUAAUGCCCCGCUUCCUUUAUAUUAAAGUUGCAUAACAGCAGUUUUAUUACUCAUAAUUCUGGGGUGGGGGAAAUUUAUUAUUAUUCCCUCACUCGAGUUAAUAUUCAGUUUCAAGCUUCACAAUAAAAGUGGUGCUGGUCAUUCAGGCAAGUCUGGGCCGCAGAAUUGUGGUUAAACUCUGAAUAAAAUGAGUCAGGAUUAUGAGCUGGAAUUUGGAUUCCAGGAUAGAUGAAGUCAAGACUUUGGUUGUUAAUUGAUCUCAAGAUGAAAGAGGCAGUGAUUAGGUUUCUAAGUGUGAUGAGCACUAUCUUUUUUUGUUCAAUCAAUGCUUUAGGUAUUUCAAAUAUUCAACAUUGCAAAAACCAUAAUGUUUGCAUCUUGCAUAGGUAAAGACUGUCUCUUUUUGGUCUUUUCCAGUUUGACUGAGGUCAUUCUUGAUCAGAAUUAAGUGCAUGUUUCCUGUAACACCACCCCUAAGCUGCCAGCUGAACCAGCUCAUGUGAGAACAUACAAUAAGUGAAAGUGGGCUUUCCAAGACACACAAUUUUCUCUGCCUAAUAUUCUCCGACUGUGUAAUGUAAUGUAUUAUAGUACUGGUAAUUUUUGAGUUGGGUGGCGGGAUGAAGAUACCUUUCUACUAAAGGAUGUUGUAGGACACUUCCCUGAAAGCCUGACAAUCUAUGAAGAGUAUUCAUAGAGGUUUGGGUCACCCAUCUUGUAAAGACACUACCCAGAAGAAGGCAAUGACAAACCACUUUUGUAGAAAAAUUGCCAAGAGCAGUUGUGCUCCUGGAAGACCAUGAUCUCCCACAUCAUAUGACAUUGCACAUUAUGAAUGCACAAAUGUUUGAGAAGUCUUAUUUCCCAUCAGAAAAUGCACUUUUGCACUGAAAUAAUCAUUGGAUCACCUUGGCCAUUUUUCAAAGGAAAACGCCCCAACAAAACAUAUGACUAGAGCUUCUUAUUCUUAUUUUUGUUUCUUAGAACAUCAGUACUUAAAUUAGGUUUGAUACUACCCCCUUUGCCAGUAUAGUGGUGUUUAUUUCUUUAAUAUAUAUGUCAAGGUUACAGAAUCACUAGAAUAUAGUUUUAUGAUACAAGCCAAGAAUACAGGUUUUAAAUCAAUUAAGUUUCUGGUCACUGAUAUCAACUAAUGUGACCUACUCUUUUCAUUUUGAUAUAUUGGAAUUAUGACUAGUUACAGUAUUUGUAAAAGCUAAAUGACUAUAUGAUCUUUACUAUAUUUCUCUGGUCAUAACAAUUUGCUAACAGUUACUGCUUUGACUUGUUUUUGCAAAAGUAGAUCAGAUUUUAGAUUUUUAUCUACAAGAACAUUUACAUUCAGAAAUAUCUUUUGCAAAGCCUAGAAUGUAAGGGCCUGCAGUGCAGGGCACUAUUUUGAAUGGAAUGAGUAGCAGAAUAAAAAUGUUUAGAAAGUAUCCAAGGAUGGUAAAUCUUGGAAAGUUUUUCAGCGUUCUCUAGUUCUCCGUAUUGAACUAUUUAAUUGUCUUUAUUUUGUUUGUGUGUUGUUAAUUUGGCAUCUGCCAUGCUAAAAGCUAAUUAAAGGACCUAAUUAAAUUAUUAGAUGAGCUUCAGCAGUUGUGCACAAGUUAGACAGAUGUUAAGAAAUACUAUAUUUUAUUGGCAAUAAUUUGCAACAGUUGGAAAUGGUUGUUUAUGGGACAGCAGAACUAUUUAAACCAUAUUUAUAUUAAUACAUUGUAUAAUGUUUUGCAUAUGCAUUAUUCUGUCUUGUGGUUGCUGUUGAGGAACACCCCCUGUUAUCAAUUGUCACCCUUAAGUGAAGGCUGGAUAGCGAUUGGGCUGCUUUGCUCAGCUUUGUGCAUAAAUUGGGGAAAUGGAUUCCAACAAUUCCUAGUCAGGGCAAGCUAACUCUGAAACCUCUUAAGGCAAUGUACCAGGCUCACCAUUUUCCUUCUUGUUGACUGUCAUUCACACCUGGUCCUGGACUGUAGGUGCAAAGCAAUCAUGAGAGAGGGAGUGAAUGUGGCAGCAAAUGGCACUUAUGUCCCCUGUUUACACAUUGUAAUUAAGAUAAGGUCUUAAUGCUUACACAUUUUUUUUAAAUUGCAACAGUAUGAAAUAAGAUUGUCUCAGUCAAAUUGAAUGUUAUUUGAUUAUUGUGGUUGAAUUGUCAUGCCUUUGCAUUUUGUAUGUUUUCUUACCUGCAAUUUUCUUUGUACAUUUUUACAAAAAAACUAUUGUUUCUUUAAUUUCAAUAAAGAAAGCUUAUUGCAAAUAUUA